UCAAAUUUUGAUCAACUCGAAAAGCGAGUAGACUUAUUUAUCUUAAUAAUUAUUGUAGGGAAUAAUAUGCGUUAAAGAUUUAUUGACUGUACUAAAAUUUUGUUUCUUUUAGAAACAUUUAUUGUUUUCUUUUGUGUAAUUGAUCUUCUCAAUACUCUAAAGUGAAAAAAACAUGGCACAAUUUAACUACCGCAACGAAAUUAUCAGUUUAGCAACAAUCGACGGACCCCUCACUCGAGGACCUCCACAACGUUUUGCAAAAAAAAAUACAAAAGAAAAUAUUAACCCAGGAUUAAGUAUAAGUUCUAUUAAUCAAUCCGUACAAAAACUUUCGGUUUCUGGUAAUCAAAGUUACAACAAUAGUGUACUCUCGACCAACAAUAAAACACCGACCAGAAAUGAUAACAAGAGCAAGAGCAAAAGUAAAUCUCCAGGUCGGUCGACCACACCCACUCCAAACAAAGCUGCUAAGACACCUAAUAAAGCUGAUAGAUUUAUUCCAUCACGAAGUAAUUCUAACUAUGACUUGUGCCACUAUAUGUUAAAUCGUGAAGAAGACCAAGUAGAAGAAACAGCACCAUCGGUAGCCAGUGAAGCAAUAGGACGUGCUCUCUCUGACAAUGAACCGGGACGGAUGUUACAAUACACUUGCAAAGCCCCCGCUGCACCUGAAGGCUAUCAGAAUAGAUUACGUGUUGUGUAUUCUCAAGCUAAAGUCCCAUCAACAGUCAAAAAUACAACCCGAUAUAUACCUCAGGGACCCGAUAGAAUUCUUGAUGCUCCUGAUAUAUUAGAUGAUUAUUACUUAAAUCUUGUUGAUUGGAGUGCAUCAAAUAUAUUGGCUGUAGCUCUUGGGAAUUCUGUGUACUUGUGGAAUGCUGGCACGGGCCUUAUAGAACAACUAUUGACUUUAGAAGGUUCAGAAACAGUAUGUUCAGUGUCAUGGGUUCAAGGGGGAGGAUCACAUUUGGCGGUCGGCACUUCAUCCGCAACUGUGGAGAUGUGGGAUUGUGAGAAGAUUAAAAGGCUGAGGACAAUGGAUGGUCACACAGGUCGAGUGGGUUCUCUGGCUUGGAACUUGUAUGUAGUGUCAAGUGGUGCCCGUGAUGGUAACAUUGUACACCACGACGUUAGACAAAGAGAUCAUGCUGUGGCCACCAUUAGUGCUCACACACAGGAGAUUUGUGGUCUGAAAUGGUCACCAGACGGCAAGUACCUGGCUUCGGGUGGUAAUGACAACUUACUAAACAUCUGGCCCAUAGCUCAGGGACAGCAUUAUACACAACCACAAUACUUAUACUCAUUCAAUCAACACUUAGCCGCAGUGAAGGGUCUCGCUUGGUGCCCUUGGAGUUCCGGCAUUCUAGCUUCAGGUGGAGGAACUGCCGAUAGAACUAUACGGAUCUGGAAUGUCAAUACAGGAGCUAACUUAAACACCGUGGAUACUAAGUCUCAGGUGUGUUCAAUAGUAUGGAGUACUCACUACAAGGAGCUUGUAUCCGGUCACGGGUACGCUCACAACCAGCUGGUUAUAUGGAAGUAUCCGACAUUGACACGAGUCGCUGAGCUGAGCGGACACGUGGCACGGGUGUUGCAUCUGGCGCUGUCACCAGACGGUACCACCGUACUGUCCGCUGGCGCUGACGAGACGCUAAGGCUUUGGAAAUGCUUCAUGCUGGAUCCGACUAAAAAGAAAGAAGCCACAGACUCCAAGGCGGCUAAAUCUCUUCUUAACAUGAAUGCACUGAUUAGAUGAUUUAGUUCUCAAACAUCUCCCAUGACUGACACAUUGUGAUUAUUUAUAAUGUUAAUUAAGUAAAUAUUGAAAAGUAUUUACUAGAUUUUUAUCUAGUACAUUGCUAAUAACCGUUUAUAAUUAGUUUGAAAUUUAUUCUCAGUUCAAAAUAAACGACAAUUUAUAGCUUAUUUAUGUAACGACGUGGUAUUGUAAUAAUAUUGUUUACAUGAGUUUAUUGUUAAAACUUUUUGAAUCUUAUUCGUUUUCGACGGAGCGGACGAAGUUGAGGUCGUAAAAUGUAAUGAAAAUUUCUCUUGAAAUCAAACAAUAUAAUAAGUUUUCUUUUGCUCUUCACGUUUUCGUUCUUUUCUGUUCUAACAUUUCAUUACCUCGGCUUCCUAGUUUAAUGAACUUUGUAAUAAUAUUACGUACUUAGUUAAUUUCUACUUUUUCUAUGGAUUUAAGAGUGAAUUGUGAUUUGUGACCAUUUUAAUUACCGACUGUUAUUUUAUUUUGAAAUAAAGAUAUCCUGACGUGAAAUUCAUUAUACUUACCUUACAAUUCAAACUGCUGUUAAAAUGAAACAACUUGUAAAAAGUAAUAGUUUAAUUAUUUAAUAGUAAAAUAGUAUUGGAAUGUAAAUGAAAAAUGUGAUAGUUGGACAAAAUAUAUGUAUGUAUAGUUAAAAUUUAAUUUAAAACUAUAUGUGAUGUUACAGUGACAAAUUUUAUGGAAGCCAUGUUCUGACUAGAACUAAACAUAAGUGUUUAAAACGAUGAAAUAAUUUUUAAAUGCAAAAUAAGGAACUAAAAAUCAUUUUCAGGCAUAACUCAAACAUUUUUAACAUUCCAUUUCAAAUGUAAUAUGUAAAGAUAAAAAUAAAAUGCCAAAUAAAUACAUUAGCUGUGAUGCAAGAUCUUUACAAUCAUCAAUCAGUCUUAAACAACAUCAAUUCAUUAUGAAGAACAUUACUGAUUUAAAAUUAUAUUAAUGCGUGCAAAUAAUUUGUUUUAGAAUACAUAUUAAAAAUAUCUAUUGCAGCUCUUAGGCUAAUAUUGUACUCAUAUUUUCAUACAUAAAAAUCAUCCACAAAAAAAAUAUUUUUAUAACUAAGUACUCAUCUAAUAACUAAUUAUUCCAUACAAAAAUGCAGUAAUCUAAAAGAAAUUAUUAAUAACCUUAUUUAAUGUACCUUAACAUUCUAUAGGUUUGGUGUUGUAACAAUAAUAAUGAUGUCGUUAAAACUAAAUUUAGCUAAAAUUUAAUAGAAAAUAUAUCACAAAAAUAUAUAACAAAGAGACGUACAGAGAGUCGCCCCUGAACCAAAUAUUAAAAUCAAGGGAUCAAAUAAGGGAUGUUCUAUUGGUCGACUACGGAAUAGUAACAUAACCUAACAGUUAAUAAGAACACA